AACGCGACGAAUUUUAUGUGAGAAACAGUGAGAAUAGUGCUACGUGUGAUAAAGUGAUAAGUGAUACGUGUUUAAUUUUAAUAAUUAUUCAGUGUAUUCAGACGUGUUUAAGAAAGUGUAAAAAAACAGAGAACGUAGACCGAGUUAGCUUUACGGAGAAUAGGUUAUCUGUACAAAAAUAGUACAGAUUUCAAAUUCUCUUGAAGCACUUUGAUCUUAGCUUUCUGUUACAGAUAUUUGGAGAGAUUUUAAAAGGCGAAAAAAAUGUGUGCUCAAAAAUCAAGCGGAUGGUGUGUCGUAAAGGAGGACUGUAAUAAAAAUAUUGUGGAAAAACGACACUUUUUUCGGUUUCCAAAGGAACAUGACAGAUGGUUGCAAUGGAUACGUGCGUGUGAAAGAUUAGAUUUAGAAGCAAGUGGAGCAGAAUAUGCCCAUCGCAUUUAUAGAUUGUGCCACUUACAUUUUGAAGAAAAGUGGUACAAUAUAAGCAAGAGUAGAGCUAUUCUUCAUCCGGAUGCAGUACCAACAAAAUUAUGAGAGAGAGAGAGAGAGAGAGAGAGAGAGAGAGAGA